UCUGUGCAGAACAACUUCUGCCUGAAAAACAGGAGUGUAGCUUCAGGAUGGUGAAGGAGGAUCCAUCAAAGAAGAAAACCAGGCACCACAGACCCUCUGGUGUCUCCUUUUCCUCUUUGACACAGACCCUUCCCUGUAAAAAGGAAGAGGAAGACUCACUGACGCCCCACCUAAAAGAGGGAAGAGGCGGAACACAGCAUCAGUCAGGAGGGAGAUCAUAUUGAAGAACUGGUGGAGUUCCUAGUGACUGGUGUCCCUGUGAAGAGUGAAGAUGAUGAGGUCAAAGGUGAAAGUGAGGAGAAGAGAGAGGCGGAGCCUCCAAGCAGCAGCUCAACACAACACAUGACAACAGAAGCUGAUGGAGACCACUGUGGAGGAUCACAAGCAGACAAGCUCUUAGCUCCACUAUCAGAUAGUGAGGACACAACGUCACACUCUCCUGACACUGAUGAUGAAGACUCUAAAGAUGAUAAGACAUGUCACACUGACAACACCCACUUGAAAUGUUCUCACUGUCACAAAACCUUUAAAAACCAUUGUCAUCUGAAAAGACACAUGAGUACACACACUGGAGAAAAACCUUUUACCUGUUCAAUCUGUAGUAAAGGUUUUGUAGAAGGUCGCAAUUUGAAAGUACACAUGAGAAUACACAUUGGUAAAAAACCUUUUAUCUGUUCAAUCUGUGGUAAAGGUUUCGUACAAAGUCACAGAUUGAAAGUACACAUGAGAACACACACUGGUGAAAAACCUUUUUCUUGUUCAAUCUGUGGUAAAGGUUUUGUAGAAAGGUCUGGUUUGAAAAUACACAGAACAACACACACAGGAGAAAAAUCAUUUAUUUGUUCAAUCUGCAGUAAAGGUUUUGUUCUAAGUAACUAUUUGAAAAUGCACAUGAGAACACACAAUGGUAAAAAACCUUUUUCCUGUUCAAUCUGUGGUAAAGGUUUUGAAAAAAGUUUCAAAUUGAAAGUACACAUGAGAACACACACUGGUGAAAAACCUUUUAUCUGUUCAAUCUGCAGUAAAGGUUUUGUAGAAAGUUGCAAAUUGAAAGUACACAUGACAACACACACUGGUGAAAAAACAUUUUCUUGUUCAAUCUGUGGUAAAGGUUUUGCUCUAAGUACAUAUUUGAAAGUGCACAUGAGAACACACACUGGUGAAAAACCUUUUAUCUGUUCAAUCUGUGGUAAAGUUUUUGUACAAAGUCACAAUUUAAAAGUACACAUGAGAAUACACACUGGUGAAAAGCCUUUUUCUUGUUCAAUCUGUGGUAAAGGUUUUGCACAAAAGUCUGGUUUGAAAAUACACAGAACAACACACACAGGAGAAAAAUCUUUUAUUUGUUCAAUCUGUAGUAAAGGUUUUGUUCUAAGUAACUAUUUGAAAGCGCACAUGAGAACACACACUGGUGAAAAACCUUUUUCCUGUUCAAUCUGUGGUAAAGGUUUUGUAGAAAGUUGCAGAUUGAAACUACACAUGAGAAUACACACUGGUGAAAAACCUUUUAUCUGUCCGAUGUGCAGUAAAGGUUUUGUAGAAAGUUUCAAAUUGAAAGCACACAUGACAACACACACUGGUGAAAAACCUUUUUCUUGUUCAAUCUGUGGUAAAGGUUUUGCUCUAAGUAAAUAUUUGAAAGUGCACAUGAGAACACACACUGGUGAAAAACCUUUCUCCUGUUCAAUCUGUGGUAAAGGUUUUGUUGAAAUUCACAACUUGAACGUACACAUGAAAACACACACUGGUGAAAAACCUUUUAUCUGUUCAAUCUGCAGUAAAGGUUUUGUAGAAAGUUGGAAAUUGAAAGAACACAUGACAACACACACUGGUGAAAAACCUUUUUCUUGUUCAAUCUGUGGUAAAGGUUUUGCUCUAAGUAAAUAUUUGAAAGUGCACAUGAAAACACACACUGGUGAAAAACCUUUUCUCUGUUCAAUCUGCAGUAAAGGUUUUGUAGAAAGUUGGAAAUUGAAAGAACACAUGAGAACACACACUGGUGAAAAACCUUUUUCUUGUUCAAUCUGUGGUAAAGGUUUUGCUCUAAGUAAAUAUUUGAAAGUGCACAUGAGAACACACACUGGUGAAAAACCUUUCUCCUGUUAAAUCUGUGGUAAAGGUUUUGUAGAAAGUCACAACUUGAAAGAACACAUGAGAACACACACUGGUGAAAAACCUUUCAUAUGUUCAAUCUGCAACAGAAGCUUUUGUGAAGACACCCAGGAGAGAAAGUGUUGAGUUGCAGUGUGUGUGGUGAAAGAUUCUCUUCUAAGUACCAGUGUAAGAAACACAAGUGUGCUGGUGAGAACAGCAGCAGCAAAUGAAACUGCAGGAUUUGAAAUAAACUGUCAAGACUUUAAUUUUGACUUUCUAACAACAUCAUGUGUGACAUUGUUGUUUGUGUAACAAUCUUUUUAAUAUGCUUCUACAUUUAUAUAUUUUAUGUUGGUGCUUUUUUCAGUCAAGUACAUGCAUUAAUAUGCAACAUUGUGUACUUUUAUUAAACAUUGAACAGAACAAUUUGACUGAAAAGGUGAGAGUAAACAGUACAAGACAUAUUUUACAUACAAUAAAAAAAUGUAUGUGUAUAUAAAUUCAUCAUACAAUUUUAGACUUAUUCACAAUAGUGUUUUCUAUAUGUGUUUGAAAUAUUGAAGUGUGACAUAUUUGUAUUUCUAAUUGUUAAUGAUCCCAUAGAUUAGCACCUUUAUAUGAUAUACAUAUGUACUGGUUCACAUCUGAAACAUCAUCUGGACCACUUCAGGAAGCAUAUUAUUAUUUACUUUAUAUAUCAUUUGAACAGUUGUCUUUUGUACCAUUUUAAAAUGUGUGACUUUAUGAAUUAAAUGUUGGGUCUCUAUAAUCCAAUUUAUUAAUUAUCUUUAUUACUCUCUUUUGUAACAUGAUGAUUGUGUUGUGAUUGUUUUAUAUGUAUGUCCCCAGACCUUUAUGCAAUAUAAAAGUGAGAGAAAAUGACUGAAUUGUUUGUGGAAGGAUUUUUUUGUUUUUGCAAACAUACAUUUGUGGAUAAAACAAACAUUUCCAUUAUUGUGUUUUAAACAUUUUUUAUGUUUUUUUUCUUUUUCUUGUUUAACAUCCCCAAAACAAUAUCAAUUUCAGAAAACAAGUUUGGAGUGUCAGGCAAAAGCCGAUAUUGUACAUCAUCCCACAGAGAUUUACCUUGCAUGCAUUCAUAAAAUAAACUGUUUAUUUUA